AUGGGGGAGAAAAUGAACAUUCCUAAUGUCGUCGUGCUGGGCAUGAUUGCCUCUCUUGUGUUGGUAUCUGUAACCUCAGCCUCACCCACCGCUCACAUUGUGGGAGGCGAUUUUGGUUGGAAUUUGCCCUCCCACCCAACAUUCUAUGAUGAUUGGGUAAAAAGUAGAACCUUCGCUGUUGGGGACACUCUUGCUUUUCAUUAUAAGCCCGAGUUGAGCACAGUAGUGGAGGUUAACAAAGAGGACUAUGAAAAGUGCACCUCUCUGAAUACCUUGUUCACAUAUUUUCAAGGGGACGCCGUUAUUAAGUUGGACAAACCAGGAGACUAUUACUUCUUUUGUAAUGUCGGCAAGCAUUGUGAGGCAGGUACUAAGAAGAGGUAUAGACCGAAAGUAAGGGAAGAAUCAUCCAAGAAGAGAGGAGUCCUUAAAAUCCGAGAGAGUCGGGCCGAAAAGCAACCCACUCCUCCAAGAAAAUCUCUCCGGUCCAAAUCCAAGCUACUAGUAGUCACUGAGGAAUCAGAAACUGAGUCAGAUGAAGAAGCCUCAGUUCAGAAAGCUAUGGAGACCGCCUUGAGAGUUCCCAUCCCCAGGCAACCAAGACAAAAAAAGCAGAGAGCCAGUAAAGCUCCCUCUCAUAUCCCUGGACCAUCAUUUGUGGAGAGAUCCAUUAGGGACAUGUUUCAAACUGAACUUCAAGAGUUUGAGAGGAGAGUCUAUGCCACUGCCAGAGAUUAUAGGGAAGUCUCAGACAGAAAAUUUGAGGGCAUUUCCAAAAUCCUAAAUCUUUACUGCCAAGCAAUGAUAGUUUUGGAAAAGGAGGUUUCUCAGAGAUUCGACCAUGUUGACAAAGAAAUCUGA